AUGUCGGCGAGCGGCCCUGCAGGGCGGUACACAGUCGCCGGAAUGGAUGCCGACGCUGACGAGCAGGAGCAGCGGCAGGACAAAGUUCUAAGAAGGCACGAAUUUUCGAGCUUCAGCCGGCGUCGAACAGUCAAGAUGAAGUUCAGCAUCAUCCCCGUCGCUCUUCUCGCCGCCUUCGCCGCCAGCGGCGCUGUUGCCCAGGACAGCUCCGCCGCCUCUUCCAGCUCGGCUCCUGCUUCGUCCGCCAGCGGUUCCAUGUCUUCCAGCAGCGCCGCUCCCACCUCGAUGGCUUCCAGCUCUGCGUCAAGCGGUGGCUCUGGCUCCGGCGCCAUGAGCGUCUGUGACCCUCUUGGAGGUGACCCCCGCAACAGGCCUGCAGGAUGCCCCUACAGCUCCACCACCACUCCCCCCUACAACCUCAGCUCGCUGAUCUCGUACUUCAUCUACGGCUACACCCGUGGUCCUCAGGCCAAGUCGCCCGAUGAGGUCGCCAGCGAGAUGGCUGGCUCGGUCUUGCAGUACUACCCUACCCUCACCGUCCCCGAGUCCGAACUCGCCGUCUCGUUCGCCGAGGCCAUCUCGGCCACCAUCCAGGCUGUUGCUGAUGGCAAGCUCCAGAAGUCGGAUCUCCACGCGCCCAACGCUGCCGUUCCCGCUUCCAUUCCCGAGCACCUCAUCCAGUGGGGUGUUGCUGCCGCCGCCGUUGUUGCUGCGGGUGCCAUUGGCCUCUAA